GGCCCAUUGGCUAAAGUGUGGCUAGCUGCACAUUGGGAACGAAAACUGAGUAAAGCACAAUUUUUACAGACAAAUAUACAGACUUCUGUAGGUGCUAUUCUCGGUGGAGACCAACCACCAAUGGCACUACGAUUAUCUGGGCAAUUAUUGCUGGGAGUGGUUCGCAUAUAUUCAAGAAAAGCGAAAUAUUUGCUUGAUGACUGCAACGAAGCUCUACAUAAAAUUAAAAUGGCAUUUAGGCCAGGUGAAGUUGAUUUAGUUGAAGAACAACGAAUAGCCAAUUUUGAAUCCAUCACAUUACCUGAUAAUAUUACGGAGUUUGAUAUACUAUUACCAGAUCCCAGCCUUAAUAUCAAACAAUGGACCGAUAUAACGCCGGUUGCAACCACGAGUUCAUCUAACAUCUCCCGACCCCAAGACAUUACUAUAAGAGACAAUUUCGAUGUUUCUUUAACUUCAAACAUUGGAGAUGAUUUACUAGGUGAUGCUUUCGACACAGAAGAUGGACGAGGUCUAGAUCUUGAUCUGGACGAUGAGCUCGAUCCGAAGACGCUUGGUCACGAUACCAGAUCCGAAAGUAACGACGGUUCUGCUGAAAUUGAAAUUGCGAGAGAUGCACAUCCUGAGCUGUCGAUGACAAUGGAAGAUGUAAUUGGUAGUGGUAGCAAAAAUGCCAUCGAAGAUGAUCCAUUGAUGAUAGCAGAUGAUGGACCUGAGUUAAAUCUAAUGGAUGAUAAUUUAUUGGAUGACAAUCUCAUAGAAGACACAGUAGAUAUGCCAACUUUGGAUAUUGGUAGACCAUCAUCAGAAGGUCUUGAAACAAGAUCACUAGAAAUGGAUGUUGAUCUUGACGCAACUGUAGAGACAACCAUAAAUACAGAAACUGAUAAACCGACUAUUACAAUCACGGAUGAAUUUCAAAAUCAAGAAGAUGAAACGGUUCAAGAGACUACGAGGUUCACCCCAUUGUCUCCACGAAGUCCUGAACAAGAAGUUCAAGAGCUAUUUCAAGAUGAAGCUAUUCAACCUGUAACACCAAAUCGCAGAAAACGUAAAUUGAUUGUAGACGAGGUAACAGAAUUACCCAAUAGACAUAUCGCAAACCAAAUCAGAGACACUUCCGAUAUUUUGAUUACGCCAUCUUUUCUUCAAGCAUCACGUAAUUUACUACGGAUCGGAGAGAUUAGGCAAACGGGUGCUUCUUAUUACCUUGAUUUAAAUGUUCCGCAUAAUCUUAUGCCACAAUUUCAUCAUCUCUUUGCUCGAAAACGUCUGAGAAUGACACCAUCACCGCCUCCCGAUGACUAUAAUCAAGAAGAGGACGUUCAAGCUGGACCAUCCCGAAUUGAUAAGCCAAUAAACGAAGAACCUACUGAAUACGAAAACACCAAUACUUAUGACGAUUUAGAUUUUCAAAAUACAUAUAAUAGUCCUGUUCCUGAUCAAG